AUGGGUGACGAGGAAGUUCAAGCUUUAGUUGUCGACAACGGCUCAGGUAAUGUAAAGGCUGGAGUUGCAGGAGAUGACGCGCCCCGUUCGGUUUUCCCAAGUAUAGUUGGUAGGCCAAAGAACCCAGGAAUUAUGGUGGGCAUGGAAGAGAAGGAUGCAUUUGUUGGUGAUGAAGCGCAAACGAAAAGAGGUAUUUUGACUUUAAAAUAUCCAAUAGAACAUGGGAUAGUGACAAAUUGGGAUGACAUGGAAAAGAUAUGGCACCACACAUUUUACAAUGAAUUGAGAGCUGCACCAGAAGAGCACCCAGUGUUAUUAACAGAGGCCCCCUUGAACCCAAAGGGAAAUCGUGAAAGGAUGACGCAAAUUAUGUUCGAGUCAUUUAACGUACCAGCAAUGUAUGUAGCCAUCCAAGCAGUGUUAUCUUUGUAUUCCUCUGGUCGUACCACAGGUAUCGUCCUGGAUAGUGGUGAUGGAGUUUCCCACACGGUCCCCAUUUAUGAAGGAUAUGCAUUGCCACAUGCCAUUAUGAGAUUAGAUUUAGCAGGAAGGGACUUAACCGAAUAUCUAAUGAAGAUUCUACACGAGAGAGGAUAUGGAUUUUCAACAUCCGCAGAAAAGGAAAUUGUUAGAGACAUUAAGGAGAAGUUAUGUUACAUUGCCUUAAAUUUUGAUGAAGAAAUGAAGACGUCCGAGCAGAGUAGUGACAUUGAGAAAUCGUAUGAAUUACCCGAUGGGAAUAUAAUCACCGUUGGAAAUGAAAGGUUUAGAUGUCCAGAGGCCCUUUUCCAGCCAUCCUUCUUGGGAAAAGAAGCUGCAGGAAUUCAUACCACUACGUUUAACUCGAUUAAAAAAUGCGACGUUGAUAUUCGUAAAGAUUUGUAUGGAAAUAUUGUAUUGUCCGGUGGUACCACUAUGUAUGAGGGCAUCGGGGAGAGGCUUACCAGGGACAUUACCACGUUGGCUCCCUCCACAAUGAAGAUUAAGGUGGUGGCCCCCCCCGAGAGGAAGUACUCCGUGUGGAUCGGAGGGUCCAUCCUGUCGUCGCUGUCCACCUUCCAGCAGAUGUGGAUCACCAAGGAGGAGUACGACGAGUCGGGCCCCAGCAUCGUCCACAGGAAGUGCUUCUGAGGUGGGAGAAAUUGACGAAAAGGACCAAAUGAGCGAAGUGGGAGAAGUUGACGAAAAGGACCAAAUGAGCGAAGUGGGAGAAGUUGACGAAAAGGACCAAAUGAGCGAAGUGGGAGAAGUUGACGAAAAGGACCAAAUGAGCGAAGUGGGCCAAAUGGGCAAAAUGAAAGCACGGUGAUGACGGCGCGCAGAGCAAAAUUGAGCAAAGAGGAAGCCCGCAACUACCCAGCAGUUCGGACGAUACGUAAGCAGCCAGUACAUUCACGUAUGCAUACCUAUGUGCGUAGGCACGCGCAAUUGUCUGUAUUUUUUUUUUUUUCGGUUUGUGUCCCAGGCGCGCCACAGUAGUACCCCAUUGGAGCGUGCUUCUCCCCCCUUGAUAAG